CCGACCUUCUCAUCAAGCACAGAGAGAGCGAAGUGGUGGUUGUGCAGCGGUGGGCGAAACGGAGUCUGCCGACGGGGACACUAGGGUUUCCGUGAGGGGCGCGAGAUUGGGACUCCGACGCCGGAACUAAUCGAUCUUGAGGCGAAGUGGGUUUCGGUGCCCUUUGAUCUGAACUCGAGGGGUUUGAUCUCGCCGCGCGAGUGCGGAUCACCGACGCUCCUCGCUCGACACGAGGAUCGGUCGCGCCCCUUUAGCUCCCUUCCGCUCAAGCGAUCGAAAUCUGCAGUGUUGCUGCAAUUGUUAUUAUUGCAGAGUUCAAUUUCUAGUUGGUGGUAGAUUUCUAUUCUGAAGAUGGAAUCUGGUGAUGGAGUUGAAGUGGAGCUUAAUAAAGGAACAGUGGAGGAGGCUGCAGAGGCCAAUGGAUCUACUUCACUCGUAAACAAGGAGAAUGCAGUUACCGAGAAUGGCACUCAUGCUGUUCAUGCAGAUAGUGGCUCCGAAGAUACGUCAAAGGUUGUUCUUGAUUCUUCAGUAGACAGGGAUGAAGGGCCAACAUUUGCUACCGAGAACAAAGUGACCGAUUCUUCUAAGAGAGGUGGAUCUGAUCGAUUCAAGAAGAUACAGAAAAAUUCUGGUCGUCCGAAUGGUUCUUUAAUUGAACCUCCGAAGAAAAGGAAUGUUCUAUCACAAAGUUUCUCAUUUUCUUCCAAAGGAUCUCUUGCUAACAAUUUGCAUAAGAGCACCACUUCUUUGAAGCAGUCUAAAGUCGCAUCGUCAAUUACAAAUGGUGAUCCUGCUGCUAAUCAUUCUGUUUUCACCACCACAUCAAGUGCUCGGAAAACAAGGUCUGUUAAUCCUGGGGAGGCAACUACAAAUGGCUCUCCUGCUGAAGAUGCACAUUCAAAUGAUGGCAAAACAAAGUCCUUGAGAUGCACAUUGCCAGCAAAAGAGGAUGAUGAUGCCCACUCUGCUGCCUCAAGUUCAACACCACGUGCAAGAAAGAACACUGGUAUUGGAUUUAAUUUUAAGUUGGACGAGCGUGCCGAGAAACGCAAAGAGUUUUUCAUGAAGCUUGAAGAGAAGAAUCAUGCGAAAGAACUGGAAAAGACUAACUUGCAGGCAAAAUCAAAGGAGAAUCAAGAGGCUGAGAUCAGAAGGCUGAGGAAGAGCUUGACCUUUAAAGCUACUCCAAUGCCAAACUUUUAUCAGGAACCUGGUCCUCCAAAAGCCGAAUUGAAGAAGAUCCCUCCGACGCGUGCUAGGUCACCAAAGCUUGGACGUCGCAAGCAAUCUGUUGCUGCAGCAAGUAAUCCUUCAGAAGCUGGUGACUCAUGUCAGAGCCCAUGUGUAACUGCCAGCUCCACCAAAAUGAAUGAGGGUGCCGCAAGCAGCAAGAGGAAUGCAAUAGCUUCAAAGAACCCAAAGCAGAAGUCACUUUCCAAGCUUCCAUCGCAGAAAUCAAAAACUACGAAGUCGGACGCAAAAUCUAUGGAUCCUAAAGUCAAUGAAGUCAAGACAGAGAACGGUGCUGACACAACAACGGAAGUCUCUGCAGAAACAGGUGUUGAAACGGUGCCAACUUCUCCUAAGGAUGUAGUCAAGGAAGAUCAAACAAUUGUUGCUACCUUUCCUGAAGCCAAUAUCGCGCCUCAGCAAGUUCCAGUACAAGGUUAAAUAGUGUCCUCAGUAGUUUUACGCCCAUCUGUGAAUAGAGAGAAAGUGUUUUGCUUGAAAGGUAUGGUGCCGUUCUGUGUUGCGCAUUUCGCUGUUCCCAAGUAGAUGCUGUUUUUAUAAGACUUCAUUUUGGUCCAUGUAUAUUGAUUGCUCAACUGUUUUACCGUUUGAUUUAUGGUUGGUAAUACUUGCAGCUGA